UCCGCGCGGGCACGAACCAAAACCCUCCACCCCUCUGUUCUCCUCUCAAAUUCUUCACUUCAAAAUCUAGGGUUUCUUCUCCUCUAUCUUCUCAGUUCAAAUUCUUCAUCGAUUCAUGAGCAAACAAUGAAGAAUAUGAAGCUUUCUACCUCUGUAUCGGUCGGCAUCGAUCUGCAAUCGGAGGACGAGUACCUUCUGUGCUCCGCUUUCGACGUCGAGCGUGAUCGCGUGUUCUUCGCCUCUUCAGCCAACGUCGUUUAUGGACUUCAGCUCUCUUCGUCUCAAAAAGGAAGGUCAGCGAGCAAAGCUAUUUUAUCUACAUACUCUGAGCAAAUAUUUCUGGAGCCUGACGAUUGCAUAGUAGCUAUGGACUAUUUGAUGGAGAAAGAAGCCUUAGUAAUUGGGACAUCAAGUGGGUGCCUCUUACUGCACAUCAUAGAACUAAAAACAACUGAAGUUGUUGGCAGGGUGGAGGGUGGUGUGAAGAGCAUCUCAGCGAGCCCGGAUGGAGCUCUUCUUGCUGUGACUGCUGGUCUAGGGCAGUUGCUAGUCAUGACUCAUGAUUGGGAAGUACUGUAUGAAACUGAACUCAACCCACAACUAUCUGAGAAUGGCAUCACAGAUGGCAUGGAUGAAUCUUCCUACACUCAAUUUCAAGCACCCAUUUGCUGGAGAGGUGAUGGAAAAUAUCUUGCUACUCUAGGAGGACCUCACGAGUCUUCUUCUUUGCAAAAGAUCAGGAUCUGGGAGCGUGAAUCGGGUGUCUUGCAUUCUUCUUCUGAAUCUAAAAAAUUUAUGGGAACAUCCUUAGAUUGGAUGCCCAGUGGAGCCAAGUUGGUGGCAGCCUGUGAUAGGAAACAUGAAAAUAAGCCUCCCCUUGUAGUUUUCUUUGAAAAGAAUGGAUUGGAAAGGAACUCUUUUGGCAUUGAUGAGCCAAUGGGAAGUAUAGUGAAAAUGAUAAAAUGGAACUGUAACUCGGACCUUCUUGCAGCUUCUGUUACUUGUGAUGUAUAUGAUGCUAUUAAAAUCUGGUCCUUCAGCAACUAUCAUUGGUACUUAAAACAAGAAAUAAGAUAUUCAAAGCUAGAUGGAGUAGAGUUCAGCUGGGAUCCAACAAAGCCGUUGCAUUUAAUGUGCUGGGCUCGUGGUGGCAAGGUGACAUCUUACAACUUUGUUUGGAUGACUGCUGUCACGGACACGUCCACUGCUUUGGUUGUUGAUAACUCCAAUGUACUAGUUACUCCCUUUUCCCUGUUCCUCAUGCCACCGCCCAUGUCUUUGUUCAGGCUGAAAUUUUGUAGUCCUGUUCAGGACAUUGCUUUCCUUUGUAAAAACUCAAAGAAUCAGUUUGCUGCAUGUCUCUCUGAUGGUAAUUUAUGCAUUGUUGAGCUUCCUGGGAUGGAUAUAUGGGAGCAAUUUGAAGGCCAAGAGUUUACUGUUGAAACCUCAUCCUCUGAUUUGACAACCGGAUCUUUUAUGCAUCUGACUUGGUUAGAUACGCAUGUUUUGCUUGGUGUUGCAUGCUACUUGGAUGAGAGCCAUAUGACAACAGUAUUGAGAGGUCACGAGCUCGCUUAUCAACAGUCAAACUGUUCACAUGGUUAUUCUUUGGUAGAGAUCAAACUUGUAUGUUCUGAGGAUUCUGUGCCUGAUUCAGUGAGUUUUUCUGGUUGGCAAGCAAAGGUUUCUAAGGCAUUGCCUUUAGAGGGGACUGUCAUUAGUAUUGUCCGGAAUCCUGCCAAAAGAUCCUCAGCUUUUGUUCAAAUGGACGGAGGAUCUAUUCUUGAGUAUUCUUCAAAUUCAGGUUUUUCAGAGGGAUCUGCAAGGUCACAACUCCAUGAGCUUGAUUCUGGAAGUGGGUUUUCAUUGUCAUGUCCAUGGAUGAAAGCAGUUUCUGUUCGCGAUAAUAGCAUCGUGAAACCCUUAAUCUUUGGCCUUGAUGACAAUGGCAGGCUGCAUGCUGGGAGUAGAAUAAUAUGCAACAAUUGUAGCAGUUUCUCAUUUUACUCUAAAGCUGGGGUUGUUGCAGAGGAAGUAGUUACACACUUGCUUCUCACCACCAAACAGGAUUUACUGUUUAUUGUCAGUAUAGAGGAUAUUUUGCAUGGGAGCCUAGAAGAAAAUUUUGAACGGUACAAUAUCAACCAGAAACGGGGAGAAGAAAGUAAAGACUAUUUGAAUGUAUGGGAAAGAGGGGCAAAGAUAGUUGGUGUUGUUCAUGGAGAUGAAGCAGCAGUCAUUUUGCAAACAACUCGUGGUAACUUGGAAUGUAUAUAUCCUAGAAAGCUGGUCCUUGUUUCCAUAAUUAAUGCUCUGCUCCAGCGGCGUUUCAAAGAUGCAUUGCUCAUGGUAAGGCGACAUAGAAUAGAUUUUAAUGUAAUUGUUGACUGUUGUGGUCUGCAAGCAUUUAUUGAAUCAUCUACUGACUUUGUGAGUCAAGUAAAUAACCUUAGUCAUAUUACUGAAUUUGUUUGCUCGUUUAAGAAUGAUGAUAUUAUGGAUACUUUGUACAAGAAUUAUAUUUCUAUCGGAACCUUGCCUAGACCUAGAGAAAAUCCCCAGAAUAUUGGUGGACAGAGCAAGGUUUCUUCGGUGCUGCUGGCAGUUCGUAAGGCCCUUGUGGAACAUGUACCAGAAUGUCCCGCAAGAGAGCUCUGUAUAUUGACCACGUUAGCUCGGAGUGAACCUCCUGCUUUAGAGGAAGCACUGGACAGAAUAAAAGUGAUUCGUGAAAUGGAAUUGUCAGGGGCUGAUGAUAGUCGGAGAAAGUUAUACCCAUCCUCUGAAGAAUCUCUGAGACAUCUCUUAUGGUUGACUGAUUCAGAAGCUGUUUAUGAAGCAGCUUUAGGCUUGUACGAUCUGAACCUUGCUGCCAUUGUAGCAUUGAAUUCUCAGAAGGAUCCAAAGGAAUUUCUUCCUUAUCUGAGAGGAUUGGAAAAAUUGCAACCUGUUGUCAUGAAGUACACUAUUGAUGUAAAAUUGCAUAGAUAUCAGAAGGCACUAAGACAUAUCGUGGCAGCGGGUGAUGACUAUCACGAAGAUUGCAUGAACCUUAUGAAGACUAACCCUGAACUUUUCCCACUUGCUCUUCAUUUAGUCACCAACAAUGUCAAGAGGUUUCAGGUCAUGGAAGCAUGGGGAGAUUAUCUUCAAGCUGAAAAACAUUAUGAAGAUGCUGCUUCAACUUAUCUGUGUUGUUCCUCAUUCCAGAAAGCUUUGAAGGCAUAUCGUGAUUGUGGUGAUUGGAAAGGCGUGCUUACUGUAGCUGGUCUCCUGAAACGAGGAAAAGAAGAAGUUCUUCAACUAGCGAAUGAGCUCUGCGAAGAAUUUCAGGCGCUUGGAAAGCCAGCUGAGGCUGCUAAAAUUGCGCUGGAAUAUUGUGCAGAUGUUUCCAGGGGUGUUGGGUAUUAUAUACUCGCACGAGAAUGGGAUGAAGCUCUCAGGGUUGGCUAUUUGCAUGAAAGGGAGGAUCUAGUCUCUGAUGUUAAAGAUGCAGCUCUGGAAUGUGCCAGCACAAUGAUAUCUGAAUAUAAGGAGGGAUCAGAAAAAGUAGCGAAAUAUUUGGCUCGCUAUCUAGCUGUUCGUCAGAGAAGAUUAGUUCUUGCUGCUAAACUUCAGGCUGAAGACAAUUUGGUUAAUGAUGCUGAUUAUGAUACAGUUUCAGAAACCAGUAGUAACUUUAGUGGUAUGAGCGCAUACACCACGAGGACAACUAAAGAAUCAGGUGCUUCGAUCAGCUCUACAACAGCUAGUAAGGCACGUUACGUGAGACAGCAGAGGAAGAAGGGAGGAAAAAUUCGUGCUGGAAGCCCUGGGGAGGAGAUGGCACUGGUGGAUCAUCUGAAGGGCAUGUCUCUAACGGCCAGUGCUCUGCGAGAACUUAAAUCGCUAAUCUUAGUUCUUCUAAUGCUCGGAAAGGAGGAAAUCGCUCAACAGUUACAAAAUGUAGCGGAUGCAUUUCAAUUGUCACAAGAGGCGGCCGUGAAAUUGACAGAAGAUACAAUAUCUAGCGAUACCAUGGACGAAAACACGCAAACUUUGGAGCAUUACAGGAGAAGAUUAAGAGAGGCGCCUCAGCAUUCUCGUGUUCUUUCUUGGCAAUCUAAAGUGCUGCUUCCACCUUGAGAGAGAAUGCCAUUUGCAACAUAAGAUCUGUUUAUCAGAUUAAAUUGUUAGUCAAAGGCGAUGCUUGUAGUAUUUAUCUGCAUGAGACAAUGAUUUUUCUUUUUUUUAAUGUAAAAGAACUUCAGUGUUCUGGCCGGUGUAUAUUAGUUGUAGUUCAAUUCUUGAUCCUGUUACUGUAUUUUUCUUUUUAGUGGUAAUACAGAUGAAGCCUCUAGAGGUUGUACCUUAA